AUGUCGACAACCACCACCACAACCACUGCAAACACGCUCACCGUCUUGGCCGAUUAUGAAGUGCAUCAUAGCGGAUCUCAACAGCCUGCUCAGCAAUCUGAGCCGGUAACUUCCUCUCAACCGGCCGACUGGCCAACAGAUCACCGUCGCGUGCCAGCAUAUCGUCCUGUGCAACAGAAUCUGAGCUAUGCCGAACGUCCAGCGGGGAAUGGCCACCCUGCGGAGUAUGCUUUCAUUCAAAUCAUGCUUCACGGUGUCUGGUUGAAUGCGUCCGUCGCGCGACUCUGGCGCUUUACUGGGGGAAGAAUCAACGAUAAAAUAUUCCAUUACGAUGUGGGCGGGGAGUGGUAG